AUGCGUUUCGCUGGCAUAAUCGAUCCAGAAAUGCAUAGAGAAGCAGAAAAAAUUCUGAUAAAAAUAAGUCAUCUUUUCCAAGUACAAAAUGAUUUUUUGGAUUAUUACAGUAAAGAAGAAAUCGGAGAAAAAAGGGGAACUGACAUACAAGAAGGAAAAUGUACAUGGCCCAUUGUAGUUGCAUUGCAGCGAGCUACAGCCGACCAAAAGAAAAUUUUAAAAGAAUGUUAUGGAAGAACUGAUGAAGAAAAAGUAAAACGUGUGAAAGAAAUUUAUGAAGAGAUAGGUAUAUCAAAUAUCUAUUUGGACUACGAAGAAGAAACGCAUAAUUUAUUGAAUACAUAUAUACAACAAUUAUCUUCGAAACUUCCGACUGAAUACUUUUUAUAUUUACUUGCUACAUCAUGUAGAAAAAUAGGACAAAAAGAUUGUACAAAAUUUUCCAAAAAUAUGGGAUCACACAUUCAAUUAUUCAGAAAUUCUUAAGAUAAUAUCA